CGUGUCUCAAUCUAAGAAUUUAUUGAUAUACGGGCACGGACAGCCACCUUCGCAUCUCAUCGACAAAAGACGCUACAUACAUCUCAAAAGCAACGAUACUGAGAAAAUCACAAACAUGGCAAAUCUCGAGUCUGUAGGCUCUCUACCGCGCGAGUCCCUCCUGGCCUUGGUGUGGACAAGUUUCAGUGUCGCAUGCCUCCUCGUCAUCCUGCGGACGGCCAUCCGCCUCAAGUUUAUGGCACGACUGACCAUGGAGGACUACUGGAUAUUCCUCGCUCUGGCGACACUCCUCACGAGCUGCAUCCUUCAGACGAUUCAGCUGCCGAAUGUUUAUUUUAUGUUGGCCACUAUAGCUGGCGUGAUUCCGAUAUCCGCCGACCUGAUAUCUUCCGUCGAAGCCUAUUUGAGGUUCGAGUUUGCGAUUAUGUUACUAUUCUGGACGGUUCUCUGGUGUGUCAAAGCGAGCUUUCUGGCGCUUUAUUACAAACUCUUCCGAGAGCUUCAGAUUUAUCGCCGCUUGUGGUAUAUCCUCGCCGCAUUUACACUCCUUGCCUAUGUAGGAUGCUGGAUCACGCUUGCCACUUCAUGCCAUCCUAUUACGAACUUCUUCAAGUUCAAUCAAUGCAAUACUGCAAAGGAUAUUUGGGCCUCGAGAUUGAGUGUCUACUACAGCACUGCUAUCGACAUCUUCACCGAUUUAUGCAUGAUGGCCAUGCCUAUCAAGUUGAUCUACAAUCUGCAGAUAUCCUUGAAACAAAAGGCAGGCCUGGUGUGUGUGUUCAGCCUGUGCUUUGUCAUGAUCAUUUUCGCAAUCAUUCGAGCAAAACAGAUUCUCGUCGAGCAGUAUUUUGUGAAUCUCGUCCUUCUUGAGGUCUGGUCUACCCUCGCCUCUUCGAUAUCUGUGAUAGUAGGCUGCCUUCCAGCAUUUAAGUCCCUCAUCGCCAACCGCUCCGCCACGCGCAGCAACCACGGCUAUUCAAGCAGGAGCAGGGACAAAGUCAACAGCAACGGCAAACUUCGCAGAACAAGCAUCCCACUUGAUUCGUUCGCGAAUGAUAAGAAACGCGCCAAUGAGUGGCAAUCGAACGCUACCGAUUCGCAAGAAGAGAUUGUCAAGCCGGACGACAUACGUGCCAUCAGAGUCAAGAAUGAUGUUACUGUCUCAUACGAUGAGAUGGACGGUCCCCUUCCUAUCUAUCAGAGCAAUCAACCGAUUUCUGACAGCAGUCGACGAUUGCGAUCUUGAGUGAGCUUUUUUGUCACGGCUACUGUCGAGGCCGAUUCCAAUCUGGUGGCCUUGUGGGUGUUGUUUCGUGCUCUCUAGUUAUGAAAAGGGGGUUUUUUCAUAUCGUGGCAGAAUGUUCUUAGAUUACUCAAUCUCACGAUACCUGGUAUGGAAUUGAGGGUAUCUCUAACGGCCUGCGUUUGGCGU